GCCGCUCAAGGAGUCUAAAAGGAGCGGUAGCUCUGGCUUUCCGCGCGGAACGCUCCCACUGUCCGGUUCUGCGCUUGCCUAGUACCGCCUUCUGCGUCUCUGCACUUCCGUCCUGUUUCUUUUUUUCCUUCCGUUUAACUCAGUUCUCGUUGGGAGGGGCGGUUCUGCACCCGCCGUGUCUCUGACCUUUUCUGGGGCUUCAUGCGCAGGGAUCGAUAGGUUACUGACUUGUUCAGAAUCACAGUUUGUUAGUGGCGAAGCCUGGAAGUUGUGUCUCCCGACUCCAGAGAGACUGCCUGCUUUUCCACACGAGGAAAGGCAAAUGACUUUUAAAAAGAUCCUUUUGAGAAACGGCAACCAGGAUCAAGAAAUGAAAACAUAGACCUUUCAUUAAAGCAUUGCUUUUUAUCGUUUUCUGUGUAAUCAGUAAUCAAAGGUUUAGUAACAGUGGGGAAAUUGAUAAACAGUUUAAUCAGGAGUAUUUUUUUAAGUUUACUUAUUUUGGGGAGAGAGAGCGAGAGAGAGAGAGAGAGAGAGAGCCCAGAAGAAGCAGAGAAAGAGGGAGAGAGAGAGAAUCCCAAGCGGGUUCAACACUGUCAACGCAGAGCCUGAUGUGGGGCUCACUCCAUCCCACCAUCCCUGAGAUCUUGACCUGAACAAGAAUCCAGGCUUAACUGACUGAGCCACCCAGGUGCCCCAGGUUGGGAGUAUUUUUUGUAGCAGUUUUGGUGAAGACUUAAUGUUACCUCACUGAGUAUAAUGUCUUAUUUAAACCUACUUUUUAAUUUAAAAAUUUUUUGUGAACCUCAAGAGAGCUUUAAACUGUUAAAAAUCCCCGGGAAGCAAAUAUUUAGGUUUUCCCAGUGAAAACUUUUAUGCCCAGCAGCCAUUACAUGAUUAAGUCAGAGUCCUAUUCGAUAGUUGUUCUUUGAGCGUCUGCUGUCCUUUCUGAAGGUGAAAGGCACUGACGCUCUUCCUAUCUAUUGGGUUGUAUAGUUUUAUAGGGCAGGAGCAUUCAGGAGCCACCAGGCAGGCCAGCUCUUUUAGGACCUCAUUUCUCCUGUAACUCAGGACAUCACCAGAGUUGUCUACACUUUUCCAAGGCAGCAGAAAAUGAACAAAUCCCAGAUUGAACAGAGAUUCCAGGGAUCGGUAUCAUUUAAGGAUGUGACCGUGGGCUUCACCCAGGAGGAGUGGCAGUGCUUGGACUCAAGUCAGAGGUCCCUGUACAGGGACGUGAUGCUGGAGAACUACAGCCACCUUGUCUCAGUGGGGUCCUGUGCUACCAAACCAGAGGUGAUCUUCAGGCUGGAGCAAGGAGAGGAGCCAUGGAUAUGGGAGGAAGAAUUCCCAAGCCAGAGCCUCCCAGAAGUCUGGGAAACUGAUCACAAGAAAGGAAGGAGCCGAGAAAACCAGCAUAAACCUGUGAAGGAAGUUGCAUUCAUCAGUAAGAAAACGCUGACCAAGGAACGUGAUAUUGUAAUAGGAAAACCAUUUAACCUGGACACAAAUUCGUUUCCUUCCAGAGAAAGCCUCUGUCAGUGUGACUCAUAUGGAGUGAGUUUCAGCUGUAUUUCUGAAUUGUGUAUCAAUAAGAAAAGACGUUUGGGAGAAAAGACUGGUGAAUUUAGUGCCUGUGGAAAAUUGCUACUCAGUAUUAAACACAAGAAAACUCCUACUAGUGAGAAAAGUGAAUUUUUUAAACAUGGGGAAACUUUCAGUCAGGAUGAGGACUCUGUUGAUCGUGAAAAGAUUCAAAGUGCAGAGAAAAAUUUUGAAUAUUACAUGUAUCAAGAAACCUUCCCCAAAAAGGCAACAUUGAGUACGUACAAGAGAGAGAUCACUGAAGAGAAUCACUCUGAAUGUAUUGAAUAUGGGAGAACCUUCUUUCCUAACUCCUCUUUCUUGUUACAUCACAUGAAUGCCUCCGACGAGAAUCACUGUGGACUGCGUGGUUGUGGGAAAUCGUUAUGUGUGAAGUCUACCCUUUUGAAACCUCAUGGGGCACGUAUGAAACCCUCGGAGUGUAGUGAGAGUGGGGAUCGUUUCCGGGGGGAUUUAUGCCUUCCACAACUUCAGAAAACUCAUACAGGAGAGAAACACUUUGAAUGCAAUGAAUGUGGGAAAGCGUUUUGGCAUAAGUCCCACCUCACUCGACAUCAGAGGAUACACACAGGAGAGAAACGCUUUCAGUGUGAUGAAUGUGGAAAAACUUUCUGGGAGAAGUCAGACCUCACGAAACAUCAGAGAUCACACACGGGGGAGAAGCCCUAUGUGUGCAACGAAUGUGGUAAAGCCUUCAGCCACAAGUCCGCCCUCACGAUACACCAGAGAAUACAUACAGGGGAGAAACCCUAUCAGUGUAGCGCGUGUGGGAAAACUUUUUACCAGAAGACAGACCUCACCAAACACCAAAGGACACACAUAGGGCUGAAACCCUAUGAAUGCUAUGAAUGUGGGAAAUCCUUUUGGAUCAAUUCACACCUUAUCCUGCAUCAGAGAACUCAUACAGGGGAGAAACCAUUUGAAUGUCCUGACUGUGGGAAAUCUUUCUGUCAGAAGGCAUAUCUUACACAACAUCAGAAAACCCACGUAAAGGAUAAACCCUACAAAUGUAAUGCAUGCGGGAAAACUUUCUACCACAAGUCAGUACUCACCAGGCAUCAGAAAAUUCAUACAGAGUUGAAACCUUAUGAAUGUUGCGAAUGUGGGAAAACGUGUUUGGAGUCUGACCACAUGGUGCAUCAGAGAAACACAGGGGAGAAACCCUUUGUGUGUCCUGAAUGUGGGAAAUCCUUCAGCCGUAAAUCUACCCUCUCUCAACAUCACAGGACACAUACAGGGGAGAAACCGUUCGAGUGUCAUGAAUGUGGAAAAAUCUUCUAUAAUAAAUCGUCCCUAAGUAAACAUAGUAGGAUACACACAGGGGAGAAACCCUACGGAUGUAAUGAAUGUGGGAAAACUUUCUGCCAGAAGUCUCAGCUCACUUAUCACCAGAGAAUCCACAUAGGUGACAAACCUUAUGAGUGUAAUCAAUGUGGAAAGGCUUUCUGUUAUAAGUCAGCUCUAAUUGUGCACCAGAGAACUCAUACAAAAGAAAAGCCCUAUAAAUGUAAUGAAUGUGGGAAGUCUUUCUGUGUGAAGUCAGGACUUACUCUACAUCAGAGAAAACACACAGGGGAGAAACCCUAUGAAUGUAAUGAAUGUGGAAAAUCUUUUGUCCAGAAGUCUAGGCUCACUCAGCACCAGAGAAUGCACAUAGGAGAGCAACCCUAUGAAUGUAAUGAAUGUCGAAGGGCUUUCUGUGAUAAAUCAGCUCUAAGUGUGCACCAGAGAACUCAUACAGAAGAAAAACCCUAUAAAUGUAAUGAAUGUGGGAAAUCUUUCUAUUUGAAGUCAGCACUUCUUAUACAUCAGAGAAAACACACAGGGGAAAAACCCUACAAAUGUAACCAAUGUGGGAAAUCCUUCAUUCAUAGAUCUUCUCUCACAGUGCAUUAUAGGGUUCACACAGGGGAGAAAUCUUGUCAGUGUAAUGAAUGUGGGAAAAUUUUUUACCGUAAAUCAAACCUUGUUAACCAUCAGAGGUCACACACAGGCGAGAAGCCCUAUGAAUGUAACACAUGUGGAAAGCCCUUCUCUCAGAAGUCAAACCUCAUUGUACAUCAGAGAACACACACACAAGAAAAACCUUAGGAUUGCAGUGGGUCUUAGGAAUGUUGAGCUGUGGUUCAGCAGUCGCUCCGCUUCAGAGAACUCACGUUGUAGAGGAAGCAAUGUCAAUGUCCUGAAUGUUGAAUAACUUUCGUCCACAAACUGGCCUUAUUUUACCCCGAAGUAGACUGCAACACAUAAAGGACAGUCUUGUUAAGUAACAUUCCUUUGAAUGUCCCUAGCAAAUGCGGGCAUAGAACCUUGAAGAUGUUUUGAUUUUAUAAGAUUUGUUUUUAGCUAAAAUACAAAGUAGGAUAUGUUAAUUUCUAUUAAGGAGAAUUCUUUCAAUUUGAGACAUACAGCUUGAAGAUUGUCUUUAGAGGUAAUAUAACAUUGGAAGUUGUGUUUUGGUUUUGAUGCCUUAUUUCUUUAGGCAACAUAAGAAGUUGU